AAGUGUAGAGUGAUAACAGUAUAGUUUAUUUCAGACCUGCGUGAAGUAUUGAUGCUAGGUUGAAUGGACCCAUGAAGGACCUUGGCGUUCUUACCGUGCUGAGCUCUGCACUCCCAACCUGGAGCUCCAAACCUGAUGGAGUUUUCCAAUUUCUACAACAUCAAGACGGAGCAGGUGGGAGCCUGGAAUCCGCCCCCCGGACCUCACGCGCCUGAACGGCAGAAGGUCAACCCAUUCAUGCAAGCUUGGGCUGUUGCUAGUAUUUCAGGAAUGGUAGCAUCUACAACUCCUGCUGCACACUCAGAAUCCAUUAAAGAAGACGACGCAAGAAGCGCGACUAUUACCGCUAGUACAGCUCUAGUGACAGGUCGUCAAGUGGUUGCCAGUGUUCAAAGCCUCCAGGGUUAUAAUCACGUCCAGUCUAUGAUCCCUCUGGAGAAUCAUCAAAACUCUCAGCACGAAGUGCACGAACAAGGUAAUGCGCAUUCGCAGUCCGAAAUGAUAGAAAAUCCCGGACACACUACUCCAGUACCUUCUCCUCAUCAGAUACACUCUCAACCCACCAACGAUACAGCUUUUCCUGGUGGACAGCUCCGCCACAACUACAGUAUUCACCAACAACCUCAACAUCAUCAAUCUCAUCUCCUCUCCGCCCUCUCUCACCAACAACCUAAACAGGAGAAGGAUAUAAAGAACUCUCAGGAAUACCACAGCGACGGCCAGGUUGACCGCAACAGUCGUGGAGAGAAGGUAGAACGUGUGUACGAGUGUCCUGACUGCGACAAAGCCUUUACUCGUGAAGAGCAUCUAAAGAGACACAGCAGGCUGCACACCGACGAUCCUGUUCAUCGGUGCGAGGUGGUUGGGUGCACCAAGUCCUAUACACGGAAGGAGAGGCUUACUAGACACUACAAGGUUGCACAUUUGGGACAACAGCCAGAGCGUCCGUUCUGGUGCUCCGAGUGCGGAAAGGAUUUCCAGAGAAAAGAACACCUUCAACGCCAUCAGAGAAACAUUCACGGGGUGGCGCAAUUGGGUGUACAGCCUCCGAAGCGGCCUCACUGGUGCCCUGACUGUGGAAAAGAUUUCUUAAGAAAGGAACAUCUUCAACGCCAUCAGAAGAAUAUUCACAGGCCGGGAGGACCUCACCCUGCAGGAUCUGGACCUCCUAUAGUUCAACAUCCUCCCCAACCCACUCAUCACGUUCAACAACAGCAACAUCAACAACAACAACAACAACAGCAGAACAUGUCGCACACAAACAACUCCAAUGGCGGGGGUAGCGGAAGCGGGACCUUGCUCCACUGCACCUACGAGGGGUGUCCGAAGACGUACAGUCGUCGCGAGCAUCUGAAUCGUCAUAUUAAGAUGCAUAUGGGGAUUCAACCUGACAGGCCCCCUGCACCCAGGCCAUACUACUGUUUGGAUUGUGGGAAAACAUUUACAAGAAAAGAGCAUUUGCUUCGACACAAGAGAUCCCACACUGGGGAGACGCCCUAUCCAUGCCCCGGAGAAAAUUGUUCCAAGCAGUUCGCGCGUAAAGAGCACCUGAAGAGACACGUGCGCGUACACACUGGAGAGCAUCCCUACCCUUGUUCCGAGUGCGGGCGGUCCUUUGGGCGCCGGGAACGUCUGAUAAAGCAUCUGAAAUCGCAUGGAAUUGGUGGAAACGUUCCUCCAAUUCACAAGAUGGAGUUUAAGAAGGAACCGGAGAACGAUAUGCAGAUGGGUAGCCAUGGAGUAUUCGGAGAUCAAACAGCCCAGCUCCUCAAUAUGAUUGCUAAGAAAGGUCCUCUCAGUCCUGAGCAGCUAGGGAUGGUUCCCCAGCAAGGGAUGAACCUGGACCCUGAGGUUGCCAAGGCGCUCAAAAACCCAGAAAUUGUCCGUGCUUUUAACAACCCAGAAGUGGUGAAAGCAUUCGCGCUUGGCUCCCCACCCAAGAUGGCUUCUAACACUACUACAACUACAGCCGUAAUGUCCAACAUCCAAGCCUCGCAGGCCGUGACUAGCCGAGGAGUUGAUAUAACCUGCACACCCUCUGUUCCUCACGAGCUGGCAAAACUACCCCCUGGCUUCUCAAUAUUCCCCGUUGUGCCUACCUCGAUCCAGGAGAAAAAUCCGCAAAUGAUUGAUCAACCUCAGGUGGUUACAACGGUAUCUAGUGGAUACUAUCAGAAUCAAGGACACCCAUCCCACCCACAUCUGAAGCCUGGAGAGCUAGCAACUCUACCCAUGUCCUGGGCUGGCUGGCCAGUACAAAGCAUGAAUAUCAGGUCUCCAGCCAAACUUGAACCGGCAGAGAGCAAACACUGGGAGUCUGCAUAUUUUCGAUCUCCUUUCUCAUGAACCUAGAUCUUAAAUAUGAUCCUGUAAACUAACCUACCUAGAGAAUUCUCCAGUAUUCUUCCCUUCAAUCCAUCCCUUAACUCUCCAGUAUUCUCCAGACCUGAUAUUUCUCUGCCUGCCAUACCUGCUCUUUAACCUCGUGGGUUCAGCAGUAUCUUGAGUAACUGCGUGUAUUCCAAGAACCAGGAUAUUUUAUGACACUUGUCUCGGGUGAAAUCGUUAACAGAUCUAAUAAGUGAGAAAAUAAAUAUUCAUAAACUUAUGAAUAAAAGUGAAAUCGUCCUCUAUGAUAUUGACUCUUUGCAAAGAACUAUUCUAAAAAAAACUCAAAUUCGUUCGAAAAAAAGUUAUGACUUGGCGUUCACCGCGCUAUCAUAAAAUUGACAGUAACAGCCUGAAAUAUUUAGUUCAACAUAAACAAACUUGUAUUAGGUGUUCCUAGUUUAAAUCUAUGCAGUAUGCUCGUAUCUUGUAAACACUAUCCCUUCAAGAGCGAUACAAAGAUCUGAUCUAAGAUCUUAACCAGUAGGAGGGGAAGGAUGGUACCAAACCUUAUUGAUAUUUAUUAAUUAGAUAGAUCUUUCUAUCUUCAUUCUCUUAUCAAUGUAAUAUAUACUAUUAAUAUUCUCAAAAACCAAAAAAUGUAAAUAUAUUCCGUAGAUAUUUAGACCUAACUGAAAUGCAAAAAUAUCCCUGAAUGCCGACAGUAUGUUAAGCCAUUAUGGUCUUACGCUCAGGUUUUAUUUCCAGUUUAAAUUAUGUUCGUAGGUAUACUCAUUCUACCUAUACAUACAUUAUACAAUACAUAGAUUUGUCCAAACAUCACUGUUAGUUGUGCGGAAUAAUUAUCUUGAUUUUUCAUCAUUAUUAAUUCGUUUAAAUAUAGUUAAGAAUAAACGUACUGCAGCUGUAAGCUAUCCUAUGAAUGAGAGAGGAAUGGUUUAUAUUGACACUAAUAUGAAAAUGUAAUAUAAUACUCGUUUAUUUUCUGAUCUCACAUCAGAGGCAUUCAUGUAUAAAAUAAAUAUUUUUCUCAUUAA